AUGCAACUUAUCCUUCUCACUGCGAUACUUGCGGUGACUACUGCGCAGCAAAAUCCUCCGGAUCCUAUCAAGGACUUUUGUCGACGACACCAGCAUCAGACAUGCAUAAUCGAUUCGAAGCUUUACAUCGAUGGGGGGAAGGUGUUCUAUGGAGGGUCUGUGGAGAGUGAUAGUGUCGCUCAGCAGAACACUCGAUUAUUGUGGGAGGAUGUUCGGGAUACCAACAAUCAGUACAUGUUCCCAACUCAGUACAAGAACCUAUCGAAGGAUGUCAAUGUUCCUUCCGUAAGUGGUGGCGCCCUGUGGCCCGACACCUCCAACAAGCUGUUCUACUUGUUUGGUGGAGAAUACAACGAGGUCACCGACGUGCAGACUUUCACCAGUUUAUGGCUCUUUGAUGUCAUUUACAACACUUGGAACAAAUCAAGCGCCUCGGACGGCUCACAGGCUGGCAUUUCCUGGCCUGCAUUCGGUGCAGCUGCUGUAUCUGACGUAGGAAUCGCCUACUACUACGGAGGAUAUCUGAGCAACAAGACUGUCCCUGGGUGGUCCGACAAGCCCAUGAUGCUAAACUCUCUAACAUCGUACGAUAUGAACACUCGAAGUUGGUCUAACCAUACAUACGACCGAACACCUCGAGCUGAAGGAUUGCUCCAUUUCUUGCCGGCCUCGGCAGCAGGCAUGUUAGUGUACUUUGGGGGUGUAGAGACGAAUCUUACCGGAGGAAUUAGCUUUGCAAACAUGAGUGUAUGUGGCAUCAUGCAUGGUACUAUUGGACUUGACUGA